AUGCAGGAGGAGGAGGAGGAGGAGGAGGAGGAGGAGGAGGCACAAUUAGGUAGGAAUUACAAAGAUUGUAAGGGCGAAUUACAGGGGUUAGGAGCGAAAUACAAUGAAGAUUUGAACUGUGAUUAAUGUGAAAGAGGUGAGCCUGCUUUUAGUAUCCGGAUCCAGAGAAAUUUUAUGUUAACUGCCUGACAUCUGUCCAAGUAGGAAACAUUUGGUUUUGCCACGCUAAAAAGUCUCCUAGUAAAGAGUCUUUGGCAAUUUCCUUUUUUGGACGACAAGUCUCUUUUAUCAAACCACGGAAAGCACAAAAAUACUCAAGACUUGGAAGAUAAAACACUCGAUUAAGUCUUAAUUUAAUUUCAGGAAGAUAGAAAUCAUGACAAAUGAAACCACAAACCUGGGCAGCUUCGGCCUCAGUUAUGUCGGUGAGAGAUUUAGAUUAUUGGUGUAGCUUUAAACUAAGCCCUUGGUGGUGGCACAUACGGCCAUAAGACUGCCUUGGAAAACCACUGGUUGGGGCAGACUUUCCGGUCCAAAACACAUACAGUUCCAUAAAUGUGACUCUAUGGAGGGAAUUCCAUUAGCCAUUCUGAGCUCCAUGCUGAGAGAGCAAGCAAGGUUGUGUGGAUUUAAUCUAGGCAAUAGCGGGUCGUAGAUUGAAUGAAUGGAUAUAUGCAUUUGAGGUCAGCGGCAUAAACACGAGGUUGUUGGUGUCUAACUGCUGACGAAUUAUCAUAAGUGUAGAGCAGAAACGGAAGGCGACAUAAAACGGUACCCUUUAGGACACCACUUAACAGAUGGCUCUGGUCAAAAUAAAUAACGGCCAUAGAUAGAUUAUUAUUACGAAUAGAAGAUUCAGGAACGACAUAUGAUAAGUUUCACAAGAGCGGUCGAGUACGGAGCCAUAUUCGGGAGAUCUGAUGAAUUUACUGGCUGUAAAAAGGCAAUAAUCGUCAAAGCAACCAUUUUUUCAAAGCUGUUGACGAAAGAAUGCGCUUUAUGGACACGUCGACAGCUUUUAACAUCAGAACAACAGCCAUAUUUAAAUACUGGUAUAAAAAUAGAAAUGUUUCAAUAGGUAGGAAAGAAACCCUUCUCGAGAAAGACUGAAAAGAAUUUGCUAAGCAGAGAAGUAAAAUUUCUUAGCUGCCUAAUAAGGGAGUUCGGGAUGUUGCCAGUUCCUACUGAGUGCAGCUUAGUAAGCUGGCGUAUAAGUUUAUGAAUAUUCGCAGGAUCAAAUUCAUUAGCUAUGAGUGAAGCAUCACACGACGGAGGAAUUGAAGGAAUGGGGUUAAUUUCAAUGGUGAAAUGAUUGGCACAGAAUUAACUUAACAAAUCUACUUUUCCUGACUUUGCUGUUAUGAAGGUCUAGUAGGAACUAAGGAAAGGUGGAAUGACUUGAUGGGACUUAGUUAACGAUCUUUGGCAGAGGACACGAGCUACAGACCUAGAAGGAGUCGCACCACUGAUAGCCAAACACUCCCUACGCCUAUCACGCACGAAGUUCCCUUUUAUAGCUAAUUCAAAUAUUUCAGCUACUUUAAGGUAAAUCGAUAGUAAGUUUAGAGCAAAAUAUUUGAGUUACUUCUGCAGUUUCUACCGUCUGUAUUUUAAGAAGACGCGGCACAGCAGACAACGUGGAACUCGAUUCAAACGUCUUCAGCGGAAUGUGAUCGUGAAGACCUUCUUUUGCGCCUUCGAAUAAAUUGUAGCAAAUUCGGAUCAUUGAUUGAAGAAAUAAUAUGCCAACGGGUUCAAAAUUAUGUGGGGAUCGGUAAUGGUUUUGAAAAACGAAUCAUACUCUUCCUUCGAGCAUAAAAUUAGAAGAAAAAGACGUCAUUUUCUGCCGUAAGAGCAAAAGAAUUUAUAUUUGUAUGCAUUUCUUCUACGAAAUAUAGUUGAAUAUUUAAGGGCAUUGAAAAUCAAUGAGAAAACUUCAUGCUACUUAAGUAGUCAUUUUUGUGGAGUAUAGUUUUUGCAUGGAGUCGAAAGAAGUUCAUCCAAAAGCCGGUAUUCUAAGAAAACGGAAUUACCACACAAUUAUGUUGCAUGAUGAUGAGUAGCCUUACAAAGCUACUUGAGUAAUCUUUUCGAAACGAAAACGCAUUUCGGAAUUUCGGUCGACAGUUCAUGAGCUAGCCCACCCACUGUAUUUGGGCAUUAUUCAUGAACAGGAAUGCUAUAUUAUGGGUGGAAAGAAUAGGAGGCAUAAAAAUUGGGUUUUAAGAAUACUGAGCAUAAUUUGAGAGUGAGGUGUAUUAGGAAACUGAAUAAAUGGUCUUGAAAAUCUGUUUUCAUUAUUAGCAGGCUCUAUUAUUUAGGGAUUCAGGCUAGAUGUUGAGUUGGAGAAAUUAUUUACGACAUUCUAUACUCGCAUUUUACAGGAUGGUGGGUUAAUGGACAUCCCAAAUGUGGUGACAUCCUUAAAGUGAGAGUUUUGUAAAGGAACAAGUGAAGAUUUACCCAGCCUAUUAUCUGGCCUGUUUGAUUCUACCACUAGGUCAGACUUCAGGCCUGAUAUCUUAAUGGCUUCGCCGUACCUCGUAUGAAGUCUCUGGGCGGUCCUGACUAUUUGCUGUCGUAAAUACAUGUCCUGCGAUGACAUGCCGUCUCAUUCUGCUGUGUGCUUGCAUCUGGCAAACUUCAAAAGGCUAGGGAAAAUGUGCAAAGCGACCCCCAUAUACUUGCAUUUCGCGCGAUGGCGUGGUAGUUGAAUUCCCAACUAUGAUGAUUUCUUCAAACUGAGGACUCGAAAUAAGAAUACGAAAUGAUCUUCCUAGACUAUUAUCCGACUUAUUUGUAUUUAACACUAGGGCAGACCUGAGUGGCCUGAUGUCGAUAUGGCCCCGCCAUCGCUCCUAUGAAGUCUUUGCUUAGGCCUGAUUGCCUGCCGUCAGAAGCACGCGCUCUGUGAUGACAUGCCAUGAUGUAAACCACCGGCCUUAACAUACUGCAUCCUUUUGUAUAACAACACACUGUAACUGCUGACUUUUGAUUCAGAAAAUCAGGGACUUAUGGACGAUGCACCUUUUCCUCUUCGUUAGCUCCGUUGGUACCAAGUAAGCCACCUAUGAUGUCCAUGUGAUUUUUCAACACGUUACCGACUGAGCUUUCUGUAUUUAUGAAGCUCGUCCACACCAAAAUACAAGAAACUUUUCUUGAAAUGUGAAUAUCUACUUCCCAGUGCACUGCGAAUUUACAAACGUCCGUACCAAGCAACACUUUGUAAAUAUUAAUUUGCACACUUACACAGUAUAGGUUACCUCCACCAAAACAUUCAUUUUUUCAGAUGACCGCUGUAUUCGUCAGCCGCACGCCUGCACUUUUUCACCAUAUCGCACCAUACACCUGACUGUACUGGACUCAGUCAUUAAACAUUCCAUAUUUUGCUGAUGUUUUCACUGAUAUCGGAGAUAACAGGGACGUUAAUUUUCUAGGGGAUCAGUCGCGUUCGAUGAAGACCAACAGAUUUUAAUUUUAUGGCAUGGUGCUCCCCAGCGAUCAACAUAGGAAAUGGCCUCACUGUGAUUUGCACACUCGGCGACAAACACGGAAUGUUUGGGGCGAGUACGAUCUCAUCUUCUAGACUCUGAGAACACGACAGGAGUGGAGUCUAGGAUGUGAGUGAUCUAGAACAUAAAGUUGGCUUGCAUUCAACCACUGCCAAGGGCCGCAUUUCUGCAUCCGUGAGGGGGUUCAUACAUGAAGAAACUAAUCUAACCCACAAAUAUUGCAAAAAAGGCAUUGCGAGCAAGCGAAAUGACACAUAGUCUUGAGUAGAUCAGGUGAAGGGAAACGUAGAUAUGGUCGACAUUAUUGAAAAAUACAGCCGCAUUUCUCUGAAUAUUCCAAAUUUGAAUGUAAAAUAGUUUUAAGGUCUACAGGUAAACUUUUGUUUUACAACACCAGUAAAUUCCAUAUUUCGACAGUUUUUACAUUAUCUAAUUUAGGCUGCAGGAUUAGGGAAAGGCGCUGCCUGUUGUGCGACCAGUGCAGCGGGAACAAAGCAUUUCGGUGCCUCCGAAGUAGACAACCAUCCCGAAUGAGACCACUUAUGCGCAUAGGUUGGACUAGGAAUAGACGACAACACAACCGCACGAAAGCGUGGAAGUUCCAUAGUCUGGGACUGGUGAUUCAGAAUUUUACAUCUAAAAGUCUUUGAGAGCGAGGCUUCCUGCGUAGGGAACGACAGGUUUUGUUUCCCUUGCACUGCAUGCGCGUACGGAAAGUGCAUGCCAAUUAAGUAGUCACUUUUUACCGAGUAAGGUAUCUGCAGGAGGUCAAGAAGGAGUGCAUCCCAAAGCCGACAUUCUGGCGAGUCCGAAAUGCUAUAGGAUUAUGCCACACACUAAGCAGUAUUACAACCCCAUCUAAGUAAUCCUUCCUAAUCGAAAACCAAUUUCAGAAUUUCGGCCAACAUUUCAUGAGAUCGGUCACGCACUGUACAUGUCUGGCGCCACUACCUGGCUGUCUGUAUCCGUAGAUGUAGUCGGAUAGCUUCCAGAAAUCGUUUUUAAUUAGCUGUUCUAUCUUGACACACACAAUUUUCAUAUUGUUGCUUUUUAAUUUCCUCUGAAAUUAUCCAAGAACUUGGAGUAGAUCAGUUUAUUCAAGGUCUAUAGCCUCAAACCGAGAUUUUUUGUAUGAAUAUUUGGACCGAAGUCUAUCAGCCACAGCGGGUAACCGCGUACUGUUCGUUAUCUGCCGACAGGCAGCUAGUAGUAUAUUUCAGGUUAAUGUUAUACCAUAUAAACAUGCGUGUUUCGACGACAUUCUGCUGCUGCAUGGCGCAGCUGCGAGGGGUUAGGUUCGUCAGUGUGUGUCCCUCAGCAAACUCCUUCUGGUUUCUGGUUAAUACUCCAUAUCAGAAUGUGUCGCUUUAUUGGGAUAAACCAAAUGUCUAUUUGCAGGUUUGGCAUGCGUAUUUUCGCAAUAUUUCUGGAUUAGAUUAGUUUCUUCAUGUAUGAACCCCCUCACGGAUGCAGAAAUGCGGCCCAUGGCAGUGUUUGAAUGUAAGCCAACUUUAAGUUCUAGAUCACUCACAUCCUAAACUUCACUCAUGUCGUGUUCUCAGAGUCUAGAAGAUGAGAUCGUACUCGCCCCAAACAUUCCGUGUUUGUCGCCGAGUGUGCAAUUCACAGUGAGACCAUUUCCUAUGUUGAUCGCUGGGGUGCACCAUGCCAUAAAAUUAAAAUCUGUUGGUCUUCAUCAAACGCGACUGAUCCCCUAGAAAAUUAACGUCUCUGUUAUCUCCGACAUCAGUGAAAACAUCAGCAAAAUAUGGAAUGUUUAAUGACUGAGUCCAGUACAGUCAGGUGUAUGGUGCGAUAUGGUGAAAAAGUGCAGGCGUGCGGCUGACGAAUACAGCGGUCAUCUGCAAAAAUGAAUGUUUUGGUCGAGGUAACCUAUACUGUGUAAGUGUGCAAAUUAAUAUUUACAAAGUGUUGCUUGGUACGGACGUUUGUAAUUUUGCAGUGCACUAGGAAGGGAAUAUUUGCAAUUAAAAAGGCAAAUACGUGCGUUUUCUUAAGGACGAGCUCUUAUUUACUUCAUAAAUUCACAAAAUUCAUUCUUGAAGGCAUUGAGAAUAUCACAUGAAACUCGAAAGUCGGCGUACUAGGUAGCAACGAAGAUAACAUCGUAUUAUUGUAUAAUCAACUGCACCGUGCUCAUUUCAGCGGCAUGUGAUCAGGGAUCUAAGAGAUGUAUCGCGGUCUUCUGUCAAAAUGCGUGUAGGCGGCCUUUGGCGAGGGACGAUGUUUUCGUGGCAAGUCAAAUGUCAUCCCGUUAAGUCUGCAGGAUUAGGGAAAAGCACUGCUUGUUGUGCAACCAGUGCAGCGAGAACAAAGCAUUUCCGUUCCUCCGCAAGGGACAACCAUUCCGAAUGAGACCACUUAUGCGCAUAGGUAGGACUAGGAAUAGAUGUCAAAACAGUCGCACGAUAUAAUAGAAGUUUCAUAGGGCGAUAGGGGUGAUUCAGCAUUUUUUAUUCAAAAGUCAUCGAGAACGUAGUUUUCUGUGGAGGAAACGUUAUGUUUUGUCCCCCUUGCACUGGCUACAUAAUAGCCAGUGUGUUUUCCAUAUCCAGUAGCCUAAACUAGACGAAGUGUGAUUUACUGCGAAAACAUCAUCCCUAGUCAAACAGCUGUAGGGGGCUUCACAUCGAGAGGCACCUUAUAGACCUGUGAUCACAUGGUUCUGAUCUGAUCAUACUGCAGCCUAUUGUACGGUAUUGCACCAUUUUUUUAACAUACAUGUACUUAGAUUUGUCCAGAAGUCGCAACCCUAGGGAUGGUUUUUCUCUCCCUCUACGGUAUCCUCUCUACUUACCUCGCAUACUAGGGCGGAUGUCCUGAUGUUAUUAUUUUGCGAUUUGUAUAGAACCGUCCUGUUUGUCAACUUUAAUUACGUCCUGCAGUUAUGCUGCUUGGGAGAUUUUGAUGAUUAAGUGUUAGGAAAUGUGUCUAGUAACAGACGUUUAUCUUUCAUUCACAAGUUCCCCUGCAAAUCCAUAACUUUUCUCGCGCCCAGCUCCUUUGCCCCCUCCAGCUGAAAAUUAUUAGCGAGCGAAAUCUGCACUUAUGAAAACGCUCACUGUAUUUCCUUCAAAGCGAGAUCAGUCGUGCAGCCAUGCCACAACUAAGAACUGCUGCCUUUGAGUUUUUUCCCAUAUGUUUCGUGUGCCACAGAAUCUUGGCCCACACUCCAUGUUGUUUCAACUCGGCGGCGCUAUAGAUAUUCUCAGCUUAUACAGACAAGACCGUGUAAAAUGUUGCGGUGGUUGUUUUCGUUACGUCAGAGCCUCACCUGCACGUUUACUUUAUGACACGAACGUUUCUUGCCUUUCAGUUCGGUAAUCCAUCCGCCAAAUACGACAGCUCAAACCGGACGUACAUAUAACCCUCCUCGUUACUCCAGACAUGAAAGCCACCUCUGCAAACCCUCUGAAAAAAUUGCAGAGACCUUAUUGAAUGUCAAGAUAAUCGAAGGCGAUUUUACUUUGCAAUAAACUGACUGGCAUAUAUAUACUUCCUCUUCUAAAUUCUAGGAGCUUCUGGAUAAUAUUUACUUAUCAAACCGGUUUCAACUUGUCCUCUCUUCGAUUAGAAACCAUUGGUGUCUUCCAGUUCCCAUUUUUACACAGACAGCAAUAGGACGUAGCUGUUUAGAUAUGCUAAUGUUAACAAGAGAUUUCUAAAUACCUUGGCUGUACUAACACAUAGAAUGAUGACUGAUAUUCUAAAUACAAUUCCGACUCAAUUAGAUUACUUAAGUUGGAUCGUAUUAUUGGUCACUGUUAUGUAUGGAAAACAGAAGGUUACUAGGAAAUAGGACGUGUACUGAGUACGAUAGACAGCACAAGUGAGGAGGCUUGUGGAAACGGACGGGUAUAUGGCAAGGGGGACUGUCAUAGGCUGAUGGGUGGCCAAUCAGCACAAAGAAGGUGUGAACAGGGGUCAUGACCUUGAUCGUUCGCUUGGCACGUGCUUGUGGCAUGAUGUCCUGACGGCCCGGCCAGGAUACGCAGCAGUCACCAUACCGCACAAUAUCAGAAUAUGUCAGAUACUUCAAGAGGCGGCAUUUGAACGUAUUUCUUUUCGUUCCCCUACAGAAACUAAACUGCGUAAAAAUGACUACUUAUUUAAUAUACAAUUAUCUCAUUGAUUUUCGAUUUCCUUAUAAAUUCAAACAUAGUUCAUGGAAAACAUGCGUAAAGACAUUCACCCUUUCAUAUAUUUGGUAGAAAAAUAUGUCCGCUUAAAAUUUUAUAUUCGAAAGAAGGGUAAAAUUUGGUUUUAAAAAUGUUUCCGAUUAUGCGAUUUUUAAGAGGACUAAAUGCCGGCUAAUAGAACAUCGUGCCUCUACAUUUACUAUUUCAUAUCCACUGCUAAAUUUUAUGGCAUCCUCUUAAUACCGUAGACCACUGCAUGGUUUUUCAUACACGGAAAAUAUGCAGCUUAUAAUUUGGAUACCCUGAAAGCCAACUGCAUGCGCAGGUCGUGAUCCGAAUUAUUCGGGAAUUUGGAUAGUUGUUUAAAGCCGAAUUAUACCCUCCCUUUGGGUAGAAAAUUUGAAGAAAACAGUUUUCUACAACAUAAAAUUAAUAUUAAUAUUUUGUGCAUGUUUCCAAUAAAAUAUUUAGAAAUUUAUAAGAGCAUCGAAAAUCAAUGAGAAAAUUUAUAUUAUAUGGUCAUUUUUUAGAGUGACUUUUCGCAGGCGCUGAAACGAAGCUCGGGCGAGAGCCGACAUCCUGAAAUAGAGGAAAUCUUAUGGCAUUAUUCUGCAUGGUGACCAAUAAUUCAACCCUACUUAAGUAAUCUUUUCGAGUCGGAGACGCAUUUCAGAAUUUCUGUUAACAUUUCGUGAGUUAGCACAUCUAAUUUAUAAGCACGCUCGAAUGGCACAUUAUUUUUCAAACAAUGAUCCGAAUUUUUUUCUCGAUCUCAUUUCACUAAGAACGUAUGAAUCGCGUGCCACUUCUUUUGCUGUCCAACACUUUCUUAAAAAGGUUGCGGAAGCAGCUUAAAGAUCCUCUCUUGGUCUCGAAGACAUUUUACUAGAAGACAGUUAAGCACGGCCAUCAAAAUAUUUCUGCUCGGAUAAAUGCCAGCUGACUAACCCAAAAUUUACGUGUGUUCGACGCCUAAGAGCAGACUUCUGUCUUCUCUUUUGCAUCGGUGAUAGUUCAAAUCUUCCUUAGAUUUCAGCCCCUACACCUGUUAUUCGCCCAUAAAAUCUUCGUAAUUCCUUCUUAAUUAUGCCUCCUCCCGCGUCCUCCACCUACAAGCAUUCCCUUUUAUUCGCUUCCAGGUAUACUUCCCUUUGAAAUAACCUUCCAGUAGAUACGAGAUCAUCAGAUAAUCUACAUACCUAUAAGAGAAGGCUGUGCCUUUAUCUGAAUACUGACCCGAUGAGACUUCUAAUUUCCCCAUCUUUUCCGGACAAGUUUCUGCAUGACAUAUAGAAAGGGCAGUCGGGGAUAAAGGACGCCGCCGCCCAAUUACCGCAUCCGCUAAUAUUCCCUUCUCUCUGUGUGUGGUUUUGUUUUCUACGAUCUCUCAUGAGAAAAUUCGAAUUUUUCGAUCUUUCAGUCCAUGCCUCGUGUCCCCCACAGCACGCGAUGUCCUACCUGAUAAAUCCCCUCAAAUAUGUACUGGGGGGAACGGUUUGACGUGCAGGCUUUAAGCACGUUUUGCUGAUCGCCAACCCCUAUCAGGAAUCCAUUCUAGCCUCUGAGAUUACGUGAUCCCAUCCCCUAAUCGGCGAUUUCGCGGUCAUUGAUGCCAUAUCUUUAUUUCGAUCCCAGGCGGUCUAUUGAACAUUUUGGCUAAAUCAUCUUUUUUCGCCACCUGCUAGUGGUUAGGUGAGUCAGAAAAGAGGUUUCAGUGUUGCAUCUCCCAUGACGCUUCUAUGAAUGCCUCAGAAAUUGGAAGAAAGAAAACAAGAUCAUUGGAACAAGAAGUUUACUGACCUGGCGUCUCGGAUUCACACUCGAACCCGUCAUCAGAAACGGGUGCAGACGGUUGACCUUUAUUUGCAACCCUCCCUGAUUAUUAGUUCCAGUGGUGAUCCGAAACGCCAGGUCAAUAAACUUAUUGUUCCAGUAAUCGCAUCUUCUUCUUCUUACGAACUGUUUCCUGGAACUCUCCUGUUCGCUUCUAUAGACCUCAGUCUUUGACGUCCCCUUCUCGGCUGGACUCUAAGCGGACUGUGAUUGACAGCGUCUGGGCCCCUUUCGUCUCGCCACUUUGAUGCGGAUAUUGUUAAUUCGUUUAGGAAUUCGGCCUUGUAGGUGUCCGUUACGAGUCAGUCGUUCACUAAAACAUGCAGGCCGGUUUUGUCCGACUCGCGUGUUUGACCUUUCAUGAGCGAAAGUUUUUUCUCCCUUAAAACUAGUCAAAUCACCCUGAUUUUUUUCUUUUCGAACAAAAGAGUGUUUUUACUGUCGCUAAUCUUUUUUUAAAAUAACACUGCGUAUUCUCUAAACAUGAAUAGAAUGCUGCACAUAGUUUGUCUACUUGCCCUAAAAUAUGCUUGAAAAUUUACUUUUAAUUACUCCGAUACCCCCCUUCCCCUGGGUGAUUAAUAAAAGAGCGUGUUUUAUUAUGGUCACUGUAUGGUGUGGCCAUCGCUGAUGGCUGUUCAAUGCUUUUUUACGGCAAAAUGUGUCUAUAAUCGUUAGUCAGUUAACAUCAGCAGGGUGAUUGACUCCGUUAUUAAAUGACUGACAAAGUCAUCCAAGCGCAUAUAUAGUCUGUAUUCAGCAGGUCAAUUGAAUAUUUGUCGGAGGAGGGCAAGUAGUCAUUUGAUCCUGCCGCUUAUUGAAAUUUGUAUUUCCGACAUGCCCAGUCAGCUUAAAACAAACUCCCCCAGCCAUGGCCGACCUGUCAAAAUUGAAAAGAAUCAUAUUCGUUCGGCUCCCCGUUUUUGCGCACAGCGACUCAUGUCUGGCCUGGAGGUCAUUCAUCUGGAGUCUAGCAGACCGGCUGCAAUGCGAUUUAGCAAUUGUGGACAGUACAGUGAGUGAACGAUCUCAUGAAAUGUUCGCCAAAAUUCUGAAAUGCGUUUCCAAUUAGGAAGGAUUAAUUAGGUGGGGUUGUAAUACUGAUUAUCUUGCGGUGUAAUCCUAUAAUAUUUUGGACUCGGCAGGAUGUCGGCUUUCAAAUGCACGUAAUUUAAAUCUCCUGUAGAAGUCGUGCUCGGUAAAAAAUGACUACGUAAGUAGCAUGCACUUUUCCCAUUGAUUUUCGAUGGCCUUGCAAAUUUAAAUACAUUUUAUAAGAAAUGUUAACAAAAAUAUGCUUUCUUUCACAAGUUUGAUAGGGAACCACCUCAUCUUUAUAUUUUAUACUCGAGGAAGCAUUAUAAUUAGGUUUCAAAAAAGUUUCCUAAUUCUCGAAUAAUUUGGAGCCUGGUCAACCGUUGCAUUUGCGCUUAGUGACUGCAGUCUACAAGCUUCAUGCGUUCCGCGUAAAUAAAAUCACAUAUUCUUCUAUAUCUUUAAAACAUUUCAUAUAAAGUCUAUAAAAUUUUGCAAUGGAUGCAGACUAUGUUGUACAUUUCAGGAGGCGUAGUGGUAAAAGCACAGGUAUGAUGCUGUAUGAAUAGCCAUCUCACGGUCUUAAAAAUUCGCAUAAUUAGAAACUUUUUUCAAACCUAAUUAUAAUGCUUCCUCGAGUAUAAAAUAUAAAGAUGAGGUGGUUCCCUAUCAAACUUGUGAAAGAAAGCAUAUUUUUGUUAACAUUUCUUAUAAAAUGUAUUUAAAUUUGCAAGGCCAUCGAAAAUCAAUGGGAAAAGCGCAUGCUACUUAAGUAGUCAUUUUUUACCGAGCACGACUUCUACAGGAGAUUUAAAUUACGUGCAUUUGAAAGCCGACAUCCUGCCGAGUCCAAAAUAUUAUAGGAUUACACCGCAAGAUAAUCAGUAUUACAACCCCACCUAAUUAAUCCUUCCUAAUUGGAAACGCAUUUCAGAAUUUUGGCGAACAUUUCAUGAGAUCGGUCACUCACUGUACAGGUCACUUGCGGAACACAGUGUCAGCCCUGAUGUCGACCUGUCCGCAGAGGUGGUUGUGCGCCAGCUUGAUCGAUGCUUCAUUUGCCUGCAUCAAGUUCAAACUAUCCGCAAGCACGCUGUCACAUCCACUGUCUAACAUCCACGGCAUUCUCCCUUUACCCCCAGUCCGUGCACGGGUUCUCUUGCUCGCGGGAUUAGUUCCACCUAGUUUGUUGUAACGUCAUGCUCCCCAAUACAAAAUCAUUUACACAAAAUUCAUCGCCAACUUAUUUGACUGGUCAUCUUGUUAGCUCUCUGUGACCUACCAAUAAGCAGCCUUCAUUGUCCACGUCCGGGAGAGGUUUCGAAUUUAAGAUAAGCGGCAUUAGUUACAGUAUUCGAGCGGUAUUUCUGGAACGAGGCAUGCUUUCCUACAAAGCAUUGUUUCUCCUGUCAAGUGGUUCAUAAACUACUUCGGAUUCACGAAUUAUGAUCAUUAAAAUUAUUAGCACUUCAACUCUUAAUGAACUUUAAUUGAAUUUUCAAGGGCAUCGAAAAUCAAUGAGAAAAUUGCAUGCUACUUAAGUAGUCAUUUUUUGCAGAGUAUAGAUCUUGUCUGUAUCCGAAAAUAAGUUCUUUCGAAAGCCGACACCCGGCGGUAACUGGAUCAUUAUAGAUUUAUGCUGCUUGACGAUUAGUUUUACAACACUACUUAAUUUAUCUUUUCGAAACGAGAACGCAUUUCGAAAUUUUGGUUGACAUUUCAUGAGUUAGCGCAUUUACUGUAGAUGUCAUUAUAACUGCAAUUGUUGUACCAUAUCCGCCGUCGACAGAUGUAGGUUUCAAUUGUCAGUCAAAGAGCAAUUUUGGGAUUCCUAAAAUAUAUGUGUACAAUGGCAGCGUAGCCGAACUGGGUGGUUAGAGGUAGUAGGUACAUAUUGCUUUUGAAAUAAGAUAUGAACGUACAGUCACAUCAUCAACUAACUCUAGCACUGUAAAUCGCAUAUUCCCAGGAAAGACGUCGUUUCAUGAAUUUCAAUCCAUGAAAAUAUGGUUAAUUUUGGUGAUCUCUAACGGUUGCUGCUAAACUGCGGUUCCCUGAUGUCCGACCAUGCGGCAAAAUAUAACUUAAGCAAUCUCCUGUAGCCAUUGUAUGGUUAAACGUCUGUUAGUGCGAGUUAGAGAGGAAAACUGGGCAAGAUCCUAUUUCGUAGCCGUACCUGUUAGAGAUUUAUGUUAGGGGUUAGGAGUUGGAGUUAGGGACUAGGAGUUGGGGUAAGGAGUUGGGAUAUGGGGUUAGGGAUUGGGGCUAGGGUUAAGGGUUAGGCUGGGGCUUGUCUACUGUAGAUACGGCUAAGAAAUAUGAUCCGACCGACAAUUGACUCAAAGCUGGGGUUGUACCUAGGACAACGCACGGAAGUUCAAUCUAAAUGACAUGGCCUUUAGAGUUACGUAACCUACUCGUCUGUCUAUUACGAUGUUCUUCAAAGCUAACAAGAAUGGCUAUAAUAUGCAUCCCAGAGGACACAUAGGCAAAGUGAAUGUAGACAGGUCAUAAUGAAACAUGCUUUCGAACAUAUCAGAACACACUUUUGCCAUUUACUAAAUUCACACACGUUUAUAAUUGUCGAUUUGUCAGCCCAGCAAGCACUUUAGGCCAUGCUUAUUGGUAACGAGGUGGCAGCCCGAACCUUGACUGGCCUGAUGCGUCCAAUCUCAAAUAAUGCCUACUGGGAGGCAAACGAAUGCACGCUUCUCCUGCUUCAAGACUUUAAGCAAUUUGGACUGUUGACACAUGCUUAAUAUUUCUCACUAAUUCGAAACGAUGCUUUUGAACACUCUGCAAUGUUAAGGGCAUACUCCGAAACAAAUGGAUCACGCGGACUCGUCUUUUCGCUUCUAUUGGCUAUGAUCACUAAAGUUAUUAGCACUUCAACUCUUAAUGCAACUCGAUCAGACAUGGUCAAGCAACAAAACUACUGUCACGGUAGUUGUUCCAUCCUCAAAAGGACAUUAGAUGAAGAAACGAUUUUACUUGACACGGCCUGAGUUGCCUCUCUUAUUUGUUUAUUUACCCAGCCAAAAUGCAAAGUGUGAAAAAUCAGUAGGCUUUCACGCAAGUCUGGUCUUUGUGGAUGAAAGAUACCAUGUCCAGAUUUGAAACGAACACCUUCUUGCUAUACUCGUUGUGCUCACACCUGCCUGUGCCAUUAUGCAGGAAAUUCUGACUUGCAUUGCCUAUUGAGACAUCUUUUAUUUUAAUAUUUUAUUUGAUACGAUUUUUUGGGACUAAACCCUUAAUCAGUAGUUAUUUUCACACAGUUCUAAUUUUAGAACGUACAAGGCAAUUUACCAACCCUUGUUCCGCGUACUGUGAUUGGCUAUUGAGACGUUUAUAAAUAGUGGGUUACAAACUCAUGCAGGCGUAGUCAAUUGGAUAUGUUCCGCCAAAUUAUAUUGCUCGUAGUUGUAUGCAGCGCUUUUGGAGAAGGUAAGGUCUUGAAAACUUGGAUUUUAAAAACACGUUGAAUUGUGCUAUUUUUCUUUACUUCAUAUGACAUUAAAAUUGCAUCAUUUAAAAGGAUCAGCAUCCAAUGCUAAUGACUGAAUUUACAGUUACAGAGUUCAAUAGUACCUUGGAAUUUAAACAGAACAGCGAUUACGUCUUCACGAAACAGCUGCAUGGGCAUGUGGAGGUACGUUUUUUCAAAUAAGGAGCACAAUGAUUUGCUAUUGUCAAUAAACUAACACAGAAGUCUUGUUUAUAGCGCAUGUUCGUGGACGGCGAGGAAAUUUCCAAUCCGAACAACGGAUCUCACUGUGUCGCGCCAAAUGACUGCUGGGAAGUCGUUGAACGUAAGGAAUGGAGCUCAUUUUGCGAUCCUCAAAACUUUACCUAAACAAAACAAACUCAGAUCAUUUCCUAGUUUUUUGUCAAAUUUUAGCAAAAGUUAAUUUAUGAUGAAACCGCAUUUCAAAUAGAAUGUCUUUGAUGCGGCGAGUUGGUAGUAGAUUGCAGUGAGAAAAACACAGCUCUAUGUGAUAGUCAUACAUGAGUGAAUUCCAUAAUGUUCAAUCGAUAUUUUAUUCUCAAGCCGAAAAAUUGCUGGUCGCAUACGGUCUUCUCAAGGGAUCCACCGCAUCAUUUACGGUGGAAUCUGCGAAUAUCCCCCACCGCCACCCAGUUGGAAUUCAGUAUAAGAAGGCAGGCACGCCAGAUUGUAAGUGGAAAGGACAUGUCAUUCAACCUAUUCCAGCAAUAGGGCAUUUUUCAAAUUACGACCGCAGCCUACAGCAGGCAUUUUCCUUUUACUUGGGGCUGCUCACCAGUCAGACACAUUAAAUAAACAGAGAAUUUUCUAUUUGUGUAUAUUGAGUCCGUCUGCAUUUACGACUUAACCACGUUUCUCGUCCACCUUACGAGUUGAAUACGUGUCAAAAUGUCCGUUUUAGACGACGCACUGAACUAUACAACGAGGCCUAUCUUGGCAAAAGAAAUUCUGGAAAAUGAAACUCUCGUUCACAUUCUAGUAUCCAGUUCGGGUAUCGGGGUAAAUAAUUACGUCAAAUAUGUAUGACUGAAAUAUCAUUUUUGCCAAAUUCGGCAUAAAGCUUUCGAUUAAGUGAUACGAUUUGCAUUCAUAUCAUUCAACUAUGGCCACUGCUUGUGAACAGAGCGUCGCGAAACAGUUACCAGUCAAUUUGUUACUAAAUUUAUUUGCAAUCUACGGCAAGUAAAAGAUUGUUAGUCGAUUUGAAUAAUGUUUAUUUGCCACAUUUUAUUCUAAAAGUAUAACAUUUGCCAUAACAGUUCGCCUUUCUAACAUUUUAGCACGUAAACGCCACUGGAAAUAUUACAACGACCCAUAGAGAUUAUACUGCCAUCUCCAUAUUUGGAAAGACCGGUACGUGCCUGCUCUGAAGUGAAAAGCGCGUUCAAUAAGUACACAACAUUCAAGCGACUGCAACAUAAUAUUGUAGACGAUAUUCAUGCUCAUACAGCCGAUUUAACCUCUGCCUUUGUUUUUUAGGUGUGAUGGCGUUCGACGUUGUUCUUUUCACCGGCCACCUGGGAACCAAACCGCGAAUAAUGGAGAUAAUGUUCAGUAACAGCACGGUUGACCGUAUUACGAUAACACCCUCCAAUAAACCCGAGGCGACAUCGCCAAUACUGACAUUCAUCGAUUUCGAGAAUUCCUUCAGGACGUAUUAA